GCUCCAAUUUGGAUUUUGACGUUAUAAUUCGUAUCAUCAUCUUUCAGUCAGCUUGUCACUUUCUUUCAUAGAGUUUUUGAUAGACUUUUUAAGGUUAGCCAAUCCAAAUUAUCCCAAAAAAAGAAAAAAAAAUCCAUUCAAUAAUAAUAAUAAAUGAAAAAUAAAAAAUAAAAACAAAAAGAAGUAAAAAAAAUUCAAGAAAAAAGCUCCACUGUCUGUUCUCUCGUCGGUUCUUCUGCUAAAAUGAGUCUCUCCAUAACCUUCAUCCACCCUAUCCUCAGCCGCCACGUCCACUCCACCGCACUUUCUCUCUCUUAUCCUCGUCCCCGUUUCUUCUUUCUCUCUCCUCCCACCACCAACCAGCUUCGUUUCCAUAUUCUCUACCCCGUGCCACGACGGGCUACCGAAUUUCCUGUCGCUGCAACCGCCUCUCUAUUCCAAGAUACCACGGCCUCCGCUUCUGUCCUUGCCGGCGCCUAUGUUCUCGUCUCCACCUUCGAUACUCUCACCCAAAAACAACUCAUUCAACAGAGUUUAAGUAGAAAACUGGUGCAUAUCUUAUCUGGGUUGCUUUUUGCUCUUUCCUGGCCAAUUUUCAGUAACUCCUAUGAGGCUCGUUACUUUGCAUCUCUGGUUCCACUCUUGAAUUGCUUAAGGCUUGUUAUUCAUGGUCUCUCAUUGGCUGAUGAUCAAGGCUUGAUCAAAUCUGUUACCCGAGAAGGAAAUCCCAAGGAAUUGCUUAGAGGGCCUUUAUAUUAUGUUCUGAUAUUGAUCUUAUGUGCUCUUGUCUUUUGGCGUGAAUCCCCUACUGGGGUCAUCUCCUUGGCAAUGAUGUGCGGAGGAGAUGGUGUCGCUGAUAUAAUGGGAAGAAAAUUUGGGUCCUCUAAGCUUCCUUACAACCAAAGUAAGAGUUGGGUUGGCAGCAUAUCCAUGUUUGUUUUUGGAUUCUUCAUUUCUAUGGGGAUGCUUUACUACUUCUCGGUUCUUGGAUAUUUCCGGUUGGAUUGGGGUUGGACGAUUCAUAGGGUUGCUUUAAUUUCUCUGAUGGCAACAGUCGUCGAGUCUCUUCCAAUUACAAAGCUAGUAGAUGAUAAUAUCUCUGUUCCUCUUGCUACCAUGGUAGCAGCCUAUUUAAGUUUUAGAUCCUAGUUUGAUCCAAGUGUACUGCUAUUCUUGUUUUUCUUUAACAAAAAUUUUGCCAAAUUCGACUUAGAUACAUGUCGAAUUCUCCCAAGUAAAAUUGUAGCGAAACAAGAAAGAAUGGAGCGAGCCAAAUCCUCGCCGAGUCGUUUUGUUUUCUUUGGUUAAUUUGUAUACUUCAUACAAUGCCACGACACCAUCAUCCACCUCUCAAAACCCAUUCUUUUCUUAAUUUGUGUUGAAUUUUAUAGGUUCUUAUAGUUGAUUCCCAUGCAUGGAAUAUAUAUAUAUAUA